CUUAUUAAAUAGUUGGUUAGUUAAUGUUGAGAGGCGUUAGAAGGCCCGUAAGGCUCUCAGCACAGCUGCUGUAUGCGCCCUCUAAAAAUCCCCUACCAUACUCAAGUCUGUCAUCAUUCAAACUGUUAAAAACUACUCGUUUAAUUACACUUCGUGAAAAACAGUCGGCAUCAAAUUUGGGUCUCAACUCGUCAGUUUGGCCGAACUAUUAUUGCAUUCGACUAGCGUCCAGCAGCUCAAACGACGAUGACAAUCGGGAUGACAGACCAACGAAUGGCGGAGGUAGUGGGGACGGUGACGAUGGGGGAAAUGGGGAGGAUGAAAAGUUGGAUGAGAUGAUUUCGAAGUUGGAUAAGGAGCGAGAUGAGGAUGCAUCUACAGACGAGAUGUUUGAGGAUGAUCUAGAUGCAGCCAUAAACGAUGCAAUUAACGGAGCGGACUCGGAAACGGAAACUGGACUGCAAGACCUCCGUCAGAGUGUGUUCGGAGCUACUACACAUAGCAGUUCACACGGAGGAGGAGGGGGAGCGAAGUCUCCGACCAGUCAACAGGUGCCAGAACAUGUGCCAGACCUGCCGGUGUUGUUGCUGACUAAGCAGCCGCUCUUUCCACGAUUUUCUAGAGUUGUUGAGGUCAAUGACCCGAACUUAGUGGCGCUGAUCAGAAGAAAACUGUCCCUUGGAUUCCCAUAUGCUGCAGUCUUCUUGAAAACAUCAGACGAGUCACAGUCGGAAUUGUGUGUGAGUUAUGAAGACAUUUACAAAGUGGGCACAUUUGUGACUAUCAAUGCAAUCCACGACUUCGGAGACAGACUACACUUGGUGGUCGUCGGACACAGAAGAAUAUACCUGGAUGAACUAGUGUCAUCGAUCAAAGAGGGAGACAAGAACGAUCAACUCGACCAUGAUGGAAUUAUCGAGACUGAAUAUGAAAUUGAUUCUUCAGGAUCAUCAUCAUCAUCAUCUACAGAAGAUCAGAUUUUCUUGACGUGCAAUACGGAAAAUAUUUCACACUUGCCAUUUGAAACGACCCAGGAAGUCAAGGCACUGACUCAGGAACUGGUGAAAACCAUCCGGGAGACAGUGAAUAUCAACCCCCUCUACCGGGAGACCCUGUCCCGCAUCAUGAUGAUGGCAGGCCCCUCCUCCUCCCAAGGUGGUGUGUUUGACAACCCAGUAGCCAUUGCGGAUCUAGCUGCUGCCCUGACCACCGCUUCCAGUGAAGAGCUGCAAAGAGUUCUAGAGGAAAGAGAUGUGCUCAAACGUCUCUACCUCUCUAUGGAACUGGUCAAAAAAGAACUGGAGCUAAGUCACCUCCAGCAGAAAAUAGGCAAGGAGGUCGAGGACAAAGUGAAAGGUCUCAACCGCAAGUACAUGCUACAAGAACAGCUCAAAAUCAUCAAACGGGAGCUGGGACUGGAAAAAGACGAUAAAGAUUCGGUGGUUGAGAAGUUUAGAGAGAGGAUUGCUAAUUCGGAGUUGGUAAUUCCUCAGGAUGUGCUGACUGUGAUAGACGAGGAGUUGGCCAAGUUGGGCUAUCUUGAUCAGCAGUCAUCGGAGUUCAAUGUGACGAGAAGCUACCUGGACUGGCUGACUAGUUUGCCAUGGGGCAAGUGGACUAAGGACCAGCUGGACAUAGCUAAAGCGAGACACAUUCUCAAUGAGGACCACUACGGAAUGGAUGACGUCAAGAAACGCAUACUGGAGUUCAUAGCUGUGAGCAGCCUGAAACAGUCGACUCAAGGCAAGAUCCUCUGCUUUGUGGGACCCCCGGGAGUUGGCAAGACAUCCAUUGCUAAGUCUAUCGCACGAUCUCUCGACCGUAAAUAUUUCAGAUUCAGCGUGGGCGGCAUGUCUGACGUGGCCGAGAUCAAAGGCCACAGGAGGACAUACGUAGGGGCCAUGCCGGGCAAGAUCAUCCAGUGUCUGAAGAAGACUGGAACUGAGAACCCACUCAUACUCAUAGACGAGGUGGACAAGAUAGGCAGAGGGGGCUUCCAGGGAGAUCCCACAUCUGCCAUGUUGGAACUCCUCGACCCAGAGCAGAAUGCAAACUUCCUCGACCACUAUCUCGAUGUGCCAGUUGAUCUCUCAAAGGUGCUGUUUAUAUGCACUGCUAAUGUGUCGGAUACUAUCCCGGACCCCCUGAGAGACCGGAUGGAGAUGAUCCAGGUGUCCGGAUAUGUGGCCGAGGAGAAACUCAACAUCGCCAAAAACUACCUGUUGCCGCAAGCGAGGCAGUUGUCUGGUCUGGGCGAGAGUAUGUUGCGAGUAAGCGAUGAGGCAGUCCUCUCCCUCAUCAAGAGAUACUGCAGAGAGAGCGGGGUGCGCAAUCUACAACAACACAUUGAAAAGAUUCUGCGUAAAGUGGCUUUGAGAGUGGUUGAGGAUAGAGAUUGUGAGCAGCCUGUGGAUGUGAGUGAGAGUAAUCUGAAUGAGUUUGUUGGGAAGCCCCUUUUCAACAGAGACAGACUCUACGAUGACUCAUUGCCCCCGGGAGUAGUCAUGGGACUCGCAUGGACAUCUAUGGGUGGAUCAACCCUCUACAUCGAGACCACAAUUAGACCUCAGCCACCACCGCCACCCCCCUCGUCCAACAAUGGCAACAACAGCAAUAACAGUCCCCCACCCAUCCAGCAGGGAAGUUUAGAAGUGACUGGGAACUUGGGCGACGUGAUGAAAGAGAGCUCAAAGAUAGCAUACACUUUCGCCAAGAACUUCCUCUGCAAUUUGCCACAGACAACUUCUAGUGACGUCACUCCAGUAACAGAUGAGAUGAAACAGUUUCUACUAUCGAGUCACGUGCAUCUUCAUGUACCGGAGGGUGCGACUCCGAAGGAUGGUCCCAGUGCAGGUUGUACCAUAGUGACUGCCCUGCUGAGUCUGGCCACUGGGAGGAGUAUCCCGGAUGACCUGUCCAUGACUGGGGAAGUGUCACUCACAGGGAAGGUGUUACCAGUUGGAGGCAUCAAAGAAAAAGUGAUUGCGGCCAAGAGAGCAGGUGUGAAUACUGUGAUUUUGCCAAAGGACAACGAGAAAGACUUCGCCGAGUUGCAGUCCUACAUCUCGGAAGGCCUGACAGUCCAUUUUGUGAGCCACUACUCCGAACUGUAUCCCAUUGUAUUCUCAAAACAAAGCUGAUCACUUUUGAUAAAUGAUUGAACGAUUUGUUAACCACUGAUUUUAUCAGAUUUGAAAUAUAAACGGUAAUUUAAAAUCUGAAAAAA